AUGGGGAUGAUGAUUAUCCUACAAUUCCAGAACUUCGCGAAAUAUUGCCGAAGAGCCACAUCACAGGACGUCAACAUAACGAUGAAGUUGGCUCUAGAACAAGCAAAUGAGUGGGGACUUCACUACGACUUUGUGUCCAACAUAUUGGAGGCAGUAGUACGGUCAUUUCGAAAGUUGCAAAUCGAUGAGACAGAGUGUGCCGUGUUGAAAACGAUUCUGAUAUUGAAGCGUAAGUCAUAA